UGCUUUUUGGGUUGAUUGGGUCCCCAAAAAGUUCAGUUGUGAUUUUGCCAGCUUCAAUGACAGUUCACGUCGUCACGGCUCGUUAAAUCUCCGGCUAAAGCAAUUACAGAAAAAGACAUACCAACAAAAGCAAUUUAAAUAUAUACAAAACACAAACUGACUCUCGGAAACAGCAUUGGUCCCCGUGCGAUCGUGAAUAAGUAAAGUUCCCCAGCAAACAAGCGUUGAAAGUGCCAGUGUCCGCCUGAACCAUGUAUUGUGAAAUCAUUCACUCGGGAUAGUUAUCAAACAUUCAAAACCUUCGAACUGCUUAAAAUCUUCUGGAAUACGAACUAUUUUUUCUCCUGCAGUCCUAGUGACCCAUAGCAGGGCAGUUGCCAAAUGACUGUCGGGACAGAGACAGAGACUAAUUUCAACAAAUUAAGGAGAGGUGUUCUUCUUGGGUCUUCAUUAAAAUAGUGAUCACAAACGAAGCAGCAAAUAUUUUACUCAAACCACGAGCGGCAAUACAGCGAAUUUUUGUUUAAAACAAGCCUACAAAUAAACCCAAGCCUGGGAAUCUGACAUUAAAGGCCAAAAUACCAACAUCCGAAAAAGAAAAACAGAAACAGAAACGAAGCAGACACUCAAAAAGCCAACUCCGACCAUUGGUAACAAGAAAACUCCAUUCGUGCAAAAAGAAAUCCAGCAGAAAGACCAAACGGUCCACAGCUCAGAUCUUAGACAAAAAGCUGCAGCAGCAACAGAUGACGCUUAUGUAAUCAAUCCAGGCACUUUACCACAGCCAAUACAGCAAUCCACUUAAACCAAAAAUUGCUUGAGCUAUCUGGCGACAACAUAUACCACACUGAUAUUCCAGCGAUACAGAGGCAGCUGGUAGAGUACCCGACAAGCACGUCCAGCAUCGCUUGGUCAUAACGAAUGGAGAGAGGAAAUCUCACCGAAGCGGACAGCGGCAAUUGCAUCGGCUCACAGGCGGCAGUGGCAACAGGCAACAAUGUCAAUCAAUGCAUGACCACGCUUGCUGCACAGCAACAGCACGAGAUCAACCUACUGAGCGGCCGUUCGUUGGGUCUACGACGCCAACCCACCAAAUAUCCACACGGGGUGGCCGUUUGUGUGCAGCCCAUCAGCGAUGGGGCACAUCACCAUAAUCAUCGUUCUGCAGAUUAUUCGCGCGCGUCUACGUUGCGAAGCUCAAGUUGGGAUGGCAAAGUAGACGGGAAAUGUCAUUUGGAUGGGAGUAAGGGGCAGCAGCAACAACAGACACACAAGUGCCAGAUGGGGGGAAUGUUUAACAGACCCGUCGAGAAUCUGGCCGAAUUACAGGUGCGCCGCCACAAAUACCCCCUCACCGGCAAUUACUACCUAGACUCGCCAGAAGCGGCAGCCAAGACAUCUUUGAUGACUCUUCAGUUUGGAAAGCGACUCUGCAAAUGGCAGUACUUGCGAUGGCCUUUGAUAUUUGCAGCCAGUGUGUUGGUAUUCUUCGGUUUGAUAACCUACAGCAUUUGGCUACAUGACAUCAGUGUGGCCAGGGAGCGGUACUUGCAGCAGAAGAAACAGAGCUACGACGAUGAUGCGAUGCAAUCAAAUGGAGUAGCAAAUACACAGCCCACGGAAGGCAGCACGGUGCGGGCGGCAGUAACGGAAAGUGCUCAAGUGAUUAGAGAGUCUACGCUGUUGCGCACACUGAGCUCGAGAUCGCGCCAAAGACCUAGAGAACAGAAGUUGUCAACCGUUGAGUACGGACACUCCAAGGCGGCCAACGCAUGGGAUAAACAACGCAAAGACUCCCCUCAAGAUUCUACGACAAUCGCUGACGAAACCACAACGAUGAUUUCGGAAGCGGCGGCUUUUGUGCCUGCAAAUGUCUUCCGUUUUACAUCUGGCCACCAAAAUAGUUUUGGCGUUCCCAUUGAGGAGGACGAGCGGAUUCUCCGGCUAAUCGAUGGACUUUUCCCCGGGCAUGCCCCAUCCCCGACUACAACUGCCACUGUUGAUUCCAUUGCCAAAGUAUCUCCCACAAUCCCUCCAGUGACACAUAACAAACCCACCGCUCCAAUGAUGUCGGCUAGCAGCAAGCCGACAAACACGCAGGAUAGCCGCUGCUACUCAACUUCACUGGCAAUGUGUCAGGGUGUCCUGGAAUACGACUUGACCUAUAACAUUUCAGCACACAUCACGACCACGGACCUCAAGGACUACCAGUUGAUGGUAAACUCGAAUUGUUCCGCCCGAUCGGCUGAGUUCAUUUGCGCCGUUUUCGAGCCCGAAUGCAGACCCAGCCAUAUUGGUAUUCUUCCACCCUGCAGGAGGAUAUGCAAAGCAAUUCGCGAAGCCUGCUCCGAAAUAAUUGCAAACUCAGAUUCACUGACGGAAACAUUCGAUUGCAGUCUGUACCCAGAUUCGAGCGACCCUCAACGUUGCGACGAUCCGACCCGGAGGAAGGGUUAUUGCUAUGACAACGAAUUCGAAUGUUAUGACAGCUCUUGCAUUCCCAGGCAAUGGCAGUGCGACAACAUAAAAGACUGCCCGGCUGGCGAGGACGAGGACAGCUGUCUGACAUGCGACCAGCCAGACGAAUUCCGUUGUCGCUCUAAUGAAAAAUGUGUGCCUGAUGAAUCGCGCUGUGAUAUGAAGUACGACUGUUUCGAUGGUUCCGACGAGGAAAAUUGUAGUUCCCAGGACAAUGAAGACGAUUCUCGAUUCGACGCGGACGAUAUCAAUGCUUUCCCUCGACUAUUUUCCUAUGCCGCCAUUUUCCUGCCCAAUCAGACCAGCGACAGCCUGUACACGUACAUAACAACCACGACAGAAGAUCUGAAUACACCCAACCCGCUUCAAUGGCAGAUUGCGAACAAUCGUUCUCUUGGGGUGUCGAAAGAAGAUGUCACGAAUGCUGUUCCAUCGGAGAGACUGAAGGGUUUUGCCAAUUUUCGCGAUAGCAAAGAAAUCAUGAUGACCAGUGAUUCCGAAAACAACUUUGAAAUAUCAGCCACACGCGGAAACCGUUCAACGGGCACGACACCUUUACAACCAGCAGCUUCGAUUCUGGUAGCGGUCAGUACCGAACCGCCGCAAGAAAAGGUAGUUGCAGCAGUGUGCGCACCCCACGAACUUCGUUGCGUGAGUGGGAAGUGCAUAACGGUGAAUCAACUCUGUGAUAGGAUAAACGAUUGUCCCGAUGGAUUUGACGAGUUGAUGUGCGUCUACAAGGACCGUACCACAACAGCGCGGAGUCGAGGAACAACCAUUCUUCCCAACCCAUUCACAACGUCUGUGGCCAUUAAUUCAACCCGAUCUGACAAAAGAACGAUCAGAACCACCAUCAAACGAAAAGUCAAAGUGUAAAUAGUUGUCGAAAGGACCUCCUGCUUUAAUUGCUGUGUGCAUACACUAAGGAAUUAUAUGUAGCCGGAGCAUUGUGAUUGGGCAUUGCCAUUGGAACUACUUCAUGACAUGUUUACUACUUUCUUUAUACCUACAAAGCCACCUAAGUAAUAGAGGAAAGUAAAUCGACAACUGGAUGUUGAUGAGCUAUGUGAGACGUUUGUCCUUUAACAGAAAACUUGGAUUUUUAGAGUAGGUUUCUAUCGAAAAGCCCUCUUGCGUAUAUACCAAUAUUAUGAGCCCCAACUCAAUUGACGUGAAAAUCCACCAUCUGUGUAGGGUAGGUUUUCAUGAUUCGAAACACGGUAGACUCAAUCAGUCUGGCAUUUGUUAUUACAAAACCAUGUCAAUGCAGUAGAAUGGGCAGAUCCACCUAACAACUUGUGAUACUUCCACGAGUACCUCAAAAGUCAUUCCCCUCAUCGAGAACCUGUUUGAUGUUGACAAUAAAAAUAUCUUAUUUUGUAAUCGUUAUCUUUAAAUGGACGAUAUGCCUCAAAUGCCUCAAAAAUUAUACUUCGGCCACAAACAAUACAACUUUGUGUACCAACUCUUUGCACAACUUCACUUUUCGUAGAGUUAAUCUGAGUUAAGAUGACUCCGGAAAUAAUUUCAUGCUCUUUAAUUGGCUCAAUAGCUUUUAUUUAUUGUCAAUGUUUAAAAUUCCAUUUUAUAAUGAUGUACUACCAGUUGUAUUGUUUGUGGCCAGUUGUAUAACGUAUGACUUAUCGAUGAGCUAAACAUUUAUGUAUGCCCAUGGCAUUCCACUGUACUGGCACCGAUGCCUAUUAUUAUUUAGACAUAAAAUAAUUCUUUUGCUGUUUGAGGGUAACCAUUCGAAGAUUUGAACUACUGUAGCGCCCAAUGCAACGAGCAGACCGAAAACAACCACUUCAAAACCACCCCAAUACAUUAACAAAAGAUUUUUCGUUCGAAUUGUACAUUUUUUCACCCAAAAGGGAAAGCAAAACCCCUCCGAUUAGUCCUUUGUUCCUUUUGCAGAGUUGCCGAUUUAAUUUGUCAAUUUUCCGCUAAAAUACUUCGCUUAGUUGAAUUUUGAUUGAUUCUAAAUUGUCGGUGACAGCUGCAAUCGGCUGCUAUCUAAGCGCAUUAACGCUUUAGUGAAAUCAGAUUAAAUACUAACUGUGCCCGACCAAAACUGCAAAUUCUCAUGUGAAACCAAUUUAUUGCGGCAAAGGGGGCCGAAACUAUUUGUCAAGGAAUCUCUUCAUAGCUGGCGGCAAAAAAGUGAAACAAUUGUGCAUGGAAAACAACCAAAAUCAACCAAACUACAACAGCCACGUAAUGUCGGCAACGCGAUUGGCAUGCAUAUGAACGCUAUCUCGCCUGUCUUGAGAAAAAACAGACAAGCCAACACUAUUUCAGAAGCUGCCCAAUAUAGCCACCAAAAUCGGUAUCACACGUGAAUUGAGCGACCUUCACUUACGGUAUUCAGUUGCAAAAAUUUACAGUAAUGCAGCAGCGGCAUAGCGUUACAAUUGCCAGCGUUUCUGCCAUUAUUUUAAUUUAUUAAUUUCGAAAUGCGAAUAUUAAUUCGUUGUGCUGCCGGUUGGUAUUGCGCAUGCGUAUUUGUGGAAAACUUGGAAAAUGAACAGUGGCUUACCACUAACAUAGAUACGUAAGCAAAAUAAAAAUGUUAU